ACAGACUAUUUAAUACUAUAUUGUGAUGGGCAAAUAAAGAUAUGGGGAUGAGGUCCCAUUUAUUUUUGGGUCACACUCUGGGGCAGCAGAUUAUGUGUCACUCCAGUAAGAUUUAUAUGAUUGGACAAGAAUUCCAGUCAGGAAUGAGAGUGCUCCCCACUCUCAUUCCUGACUGGGGUUCAGUUGCUCCACUGUGACUGCUCCUGGGAUCACCCCCUGCCAGAACAUGAACUCUCCCACCUGUCUCCUGUGACAUCACAGCCCGUCUCAUAUCACACAGGCGCUUCCCACAGCCGCUUGGACUGGACUAACACUGGAGUCUCAGGGUCCCGCCAAAACUAAUACCGCCCAUUCAUGUUGUGAUUGGUGCAGCCACUCUCACAGCUGCUGGUUGCCAUGGCAGCUGCAAUGCGAUUGGUGGAAUUUCCACUUCGCGUCCUACACGGGCACAGGCAGCACAGAACAAAACUACUGCCCCGGUGCGAGGGAAGCGGCCGCCUGUGAUUAAUGUCUUUACCGGCAUGGACCCUGAAUCCGUCACUCACCCAGCAUCUCGCUGACAGCUCUUUGCUUUUAUUGGCUGCUGGGAGUUACAGUCCAACAGAAAUCUGGCGCGGCUCAGGCUGAUUAAUAAGUAGAACAAUAGAGAGAUUGUAGGUAACACCAGGGAAUUGCGGAAAUACAAACCCGACUGCACUGCCCGUGUCAUCUUGGUGCUGGAGUAUCGUCUGCCCUCCAACAAAAUGGCGCCGCGCUCAUUAUAUGCGACGAGUCUAAAGUGGGACAUAACUAACAUCUUAUUGGUCCAGAAGUCUCUCAUCUCCGCCCGUAAUGUUCUGCGUCACGAUGAUUGGGCGGGGCAGAGCCUAUUCCAACCUUCUCAUGCACAGCCCGGAUAGAGCUGAGAAUCUGAGAUGUGAGGAGAUUCACUGGGAGACAGGUCGGGAUCUGAUCCCUGUAACUCCCUGCAACUCCCUGUAGCUCCCUGACAUUCCCAUCCCCUGUACUCACAUCUCCAGCCUCAUCUACUGGAGAAAAUCAGAGAAAAAAGAAUACCUGAUCCCAAUGGAUAACUCUGUGGUUCCAGUUGUUGAUGGGGAUUUCCCAGAGGAUGAAGCAGAAAUAUUACAGAUAAAGAUAAAGGAAGAAGAAUCAGAUGUUGAAGAUCCCCUGCUGUCAAAAGCAAGCUCAUCAUUUAGUGAUGGGGAAUUACAGAUAAAAACAGAAAAAGAAGAGCCAGACUCGGAAGAUCCUUUAUACCCCACAGGAAGCUCCGAGGUUCCACUUAGUGAUGGGGGAUUUGUGGAGGUUAAGAUAGAAAGUUUAGUGAAUGAAGAACUGGAUUCUGAAGAUCAACUGAAUGAAAUUAAGAACUCUGUACUUACUGGUGAAGAGAACUUCUUUAAAGAUGAGGAGAGUCAUGUCUCUGAAACCGCCAUACAGUCAAAACAGUCCCCAGAAACGAGUGAUUUCUCUCAGACACAGGAUGCCACCCUGGAGACAUCACAGCCAAGGAACCCAAUGUUCCUCAAAGGAGAGGAACCAUAUCAGGAGCAGUUGAGUACAAUUGUACAUCUGCUUGGUCAUCAACACAGAAAGGAAAAAAUAGAACAUAAAUACACAGAGUGUGGCAGGAAGAACUUAAGAAAGAGUCGCUUUGGCUCACAUUGGAAAAGUCCCGUUGGGAGAAACCUUUCCCUUGCAUGGAAAGUGGGAAAAAAAUCUUCAAAAGGAAAUAUCAGUCUCCUAAAUCAGAAAAUCCACUCAACUAAGAAACCUUUCACUUGUACUGAAUGCUGGAAGACAUUUUCUUUUCAGAGCCACCUUCUCAUGCACCAGAAACUUCACACAGGGGAGAAACCCUUUACCUGUACAGAAUGUGGGAAAAGUUUCUCUCAAAAGGGCCACCUUUACAGGCACCAAAUGGUGCACACAGGGGAGAAACCGUUCUCAUGUACAGAAUGCGGAAAGACAUUUUCUGAUCAGAGCAAUCUUUCUGCACACCAGAAACGCCACACAGGGGUGAAACCAUUCACUUGUACACAAUGCGGGAAAAGUUUCUAUACUAAAGGCGGCUUUUCUAGGCACCAGGAAGUGCACACGGAGGAGAAGCAAUUCUAUUGUGCCGAAUGUGGGAAAACAUUUGCUCACAAGAGCAACUUUAAGACUCACAUAAAGAUCCACACUGUGAAGAAAUCGUUUGCUUGUUCUGAAUGUGGCAAAAUGUUUGCUAAAAAAGCCGUCCUUGGGAGACACAUGGAAAUCCACAAGCCAAGGAAACCAUACCCUUGUGCCGAAUGUGGGAAAACAUUUACUCUUGAGUUCUCUCUUCUCGCACACCAAAAGCUCCACACAGGGGAGAGUCCAUACUCCUGUACGGAAUGUGGGAAAAUAUUCACUUCCAAGCACUCUCUUCUCUCACACUGUAAACGCCACACUGGGGAGAAAAAUUUCACUUGUAUACAAUGUGGCAAAGCAUUUACUUGGAAAAGUACCCUUCAGGCGCACUACAGGACACACUCAGAGAAAAAACCAUUAACUUGCUCGGAAUGUGGGAAAGUAUUUGUGCAUGAGCGCAGCCUGAACGCCCAUUAUAAAAUGCACACAGGGGAGAAACCAUUCACUUGCACGGAAUGUGGGAAAGUAUUCCCUUAUAAGGGCAGCCUGAAGGCACAUUCCAAAAUCCACACUGGGGAGAAACCAUUCACUUGCAUGGAAUGCGGAAAAACAUUCUCUCAGAAAACUGCACUUUUGUCACACUGCAAAACUCACACAAGGGAAACAAAUUUUUCUUGUGCAGAAUGUGGGAAAAGCUUCUUGCACAAGUACAGACUUACCUUACACAAAAAAAUCCACGACAGGGGGAAACUGCUCUCUUGUACACAAUGUGGGGAAAGGUUUUCUGAAACGAGUCAGCUUAGCCUUCACUGGGAAAUCCACAUGGGGGAGCUCUUCUGAGAUGCAGAAUGUGCAGCCAAGAGAGUUUUUCGAUUUUCUACCCAAAAUAGCUCACAAUAGGAGUUCUGCAUGUAGUCCUUGAGAACGAGAGGGAGAAGUCUCCCAGAAGACACAGCUUUGGUCAAACUAGAAAUCCAUGCAGGAAAAGUCAUUACCCUUUUUAAAUUUUGGGCUGAAUUCUUACAAUGGGUGAGCCACUCCAGUAACUCCUGCGUAUAGCUCAGUGUUCCAGAGAAUUGUUUUUUUGCUCAUGUAUUUAUCAACAUGUGACAUGCUCAAGCCCAUAAAGAAAAUGUCCAAAAUG